AUGUUUCACUACAUUAGCAAACAUUCACAAGAUGAAAAAAACCACUACGUUGAAAUGGAGGAAGAACACGAAGACCUAGCCUUCCAAGAUAUCGGAAUUAUUCCACACAAAUUCAUCACCAUCACUAUUACAGAUAAUAAAAUUGAUGAGAGUGAUGGUUUUUUAUCUAAAAAAACACUCUACGAUAUUACAACUCGAAUUCGUGAGACAAUUAUUAAUUUUAAAGUAUCGCGGAGAUUUAAGGAAUUUAAAGAAUUGUAUGAUUUGUGUGUCAAGUUGCCGAAUGUUGUGUUAUCGGAAAUGCCUGAAAAGAAUGCAUUUAAUCGAUUUGAUGAUAAAGUAAUUGAGGAAAGAAAGAAUCAAUUUCAAAUAUUGUUAUGUGAAAUGUUGGAACAUGGACAAAUUUAUGCAAAUUCAUAUUUCAGAGAUUUUCUUGGAAUUCCAACAGAUUUUUCCUUAUUGAGAGUGUUAGCUUCUCAUCGACAUAUUUUAAAUUCAGUACUACAUUCGAAUAGCAAUCAAAAUGGUGGAAAUCAAUCUAAACAUUUUCUUGAAUAUGAAUUACCAAUUAUUGAAUGGACACAUGAAGAUUUAAUGAUUUGGAUGUGUUCACGUGAUAUGCAUGGUUUAAUUGAUGUUUUUGAAAAUCAUCCUGAAUGGAAUGGUGAAAAGAUUUGGAAUUAUGCAGUGACUGGUGAUAAGGAUAAAUUAGUUGGAAUUACACCUGGAAGAGUAUUGAAUUUAUUUAAUCAUCUUCGUCAAGUUCACACAUUUCAAAGAGCGAUUGCUGAACAAAAGAGUUUGGAGAAGAGUAGCACUAGCUCUCUAAAUAUUUUAUCUGAAUCAAAUGAGGGAAGUUUAAUUUAUGACAAGAGAGAAAUUGAAGAACCAAAAACAUUUGGAGGUGAAUCAUUUGAUAUUUCAUUUGAUUUUUCAAAUAAUUUAAAGUUAUCGAGUACCGAAACACCAUCAUCAUUGGGAAGAAGUGAUUCUUUUGCUUCAAAUGUUGAAAGAUGUGAAUAUUUACCACCUAUUGAGAGAGAACAUUUGACAGAAAUGGAAUUGAAGAGAAUUAGAAUGUGUAUUGAUAAAUUGAGAAAGAUUGAUCCAUAUUUAAGUGAGAGAGCUUACAUUAUUCUUUCCCAAAAUUUAGUAAUCGAUGAAAGAUUGUUAUUUUUAAAGAUCAAUCCAUAUCUUGCUGAUCCAUUACUUGUAGAUCCCUCUUCAACAAUUCAACAACCUCUGAAAAGAAAGAUUACUGCACCAUUUGUCAAGUUAAAAUUAGUCAUUACAGAGCUGAGUGAUACAACAGUUCACAGAUUACAACGUAGUUUAGCUCAUAAAUUUGGUAAAGUCAACCAAGAAUAUGGUUAUUUCCAUGCAGCUUUAGUAUUUGGAGCAUUUUAUUUAGAAUGGACAGAUAAUUCAAUUGUUACCAUUCGAUCCAGAAGUUCAAGUAAGGCAGUAUUAGCUUAUGAUAUUCAUACAUUUAGAGGACAAGAAUCUAUUAAUAAUGCUAUUACUUCAUUAGGAGAUAUUAUUUGUAAAUGGAAUGGUGAAAUGACUUACUCAACUGAUAAGUGUAAUUGUCAACAUUUUGUAACACAAGUAUUACAAACAUUAGGAGUAGAAAAUAGAUUAUCUGGAUCACUUAAAUUAUAUUUCCAAAGAUUGAAGAAUGAUGGAUAUUGUAAAAUGGAAUUUCAACUUUCAGAAUCGCUCAAAAAGAUUUUCCCUUCACAAAAAAGUGUUCAAUUUAAAACUCACAAGGAAUUGGAUGAAUUUUACAUGAAAGUUCAAGAGAAAUUACCAAAAUAUUUCCUCAGUGCUGAAGGAAUGUCCGAUGAAUUAUUGUUAAAAGCAUUUGAUAGAGCAUUUUGGUUAAGAUUGGCAAGUAGUCAAAGAAAGGAAGAAUAUUUACCACUAAAGAAUGAAAGAGGUGAAAAUUCAUGUCCAUUUAAUCCUCUUGAAAAAUCAUUUUCUGAAAUUAUUGAUAAUUCCAUAAUUGGAGGCGAUUACAAUUUUGGAAAUUAUGUACCAACUAGACCAAAACAAAGAAAUGAAACUCAAGAAACAGAAGAAUAUUAUCCAGCCAUUGAUUUGUAA